AUGGUGGCUUGGGACAGAGUUUUCUUGCCUAUUCAAUUUGGUGGUGUGGGUCUGCAUUCUUUUUUGGCUAUGCAAUACGCUUAUAACUAUGCUAUCAUCAUUAGAAUGUAUAAUACUACUUCUCUGCUAUCUGUUUGGCUUUCCCAAAGAUACAAAUCCCCUUGGAAACCUGUUAAUCUGGCAGCUACUCCUUUAUGGAAAUAUGUGUGUCAUAUGGCUGUGGUUGCAAAAUCCAACUUUAUUUUUAAGAUUACUCCUACUGCCCCCAUUGCUGUGCACUGGGAUCAUUGGUGUUAUAAUGGUGAUCUGGAUAGCUUUUCGGAUGGGCAUUAUGUCUUGCAAGCUACUAAUCCUAACAUGCUUAUUAGGGAUUUAAUUUGUGAUAAUUACUGGAGUCUUCCCAACUGUAUCCCCGACAAUGUGCAGCUAGCCAUUCGUGAUAUCCCGAUUUAUUUGGAUUCCAACUCUUGUGUAAGCUGGAACAAUCUUAAGCACAGUAGAUUUUCAGAUUAUAUUAAUGAUUUUCAUUCUAGCAAGCCCAUCUGCUCUUGGUAUAAGCUAAUCUGGCACAAGAAGUAUGCUCUGAGGUUCACAGUCUUUUCAUGGUUGGCUCUUGUGGGUGGAUUAAAAACUGCGGAUGCUUUACUUUUAUGGAACAUUUCUGUUCCGUCGUCUUGCUCCUUAUGCCAUGUCUUUCCCGAGAGCUCCUCUCACAUAUUCUUUGAGUGCUCUUACUCUUAUGAUAUUUUGAUUAAUCUUAUUCCAUCCACUAUGCAUUUGUUGUUUAGGCCAAAUAUUCUACAUCUUUUGGAAUGGAUCUCGGAUGAUUCUGAUACUGCCCAGCCUACUAAAAACUAUUACUCGCUUAUCACUUGCUGCAGUGUUUAUCAUAUCUGGAAAGAGAGAAAUAUGAGAAGAUUUGGUAAUACUUUUAGCAGUAGUUCUACUACUGCUAUUACUAUUAAAAAAGCUGUGCUCUGUUGGAUCUGCAAUGUGGUUUCUGAUCUGGUAUAUGGCCCUUCGAGCAUGCUUAUAGAUUAUAUGAGGAGGGGUCCUCUCCUCAUGCCUGCUGCGCUAGAUUGGACACAUCUGGUCAAUGAUGCUACUCCCAAGCAGGCCCCUUUUGAUGGUCUCCGGGCAACCAAGGGGAUAUUUUAUUAG